GACUGAUAUCGACUCAUCACUGACGUCGAUCUUAACGCCCUUGCCACGACUUACACGGUCAUGGCUGCCGAUAUCCCCCCAACAAUCAGGCUCGAUGCCGCGGCAAAGACGUCCACCACUGUCCUCCUCCCGCUGGCUAUCGCUCACUACCUCUCCGAGACACUACCUCAGCCAAUUCACAUCGAGUGGGAAGGAGGCAUCCAGCAGGGAGCCUCCCUGCAGCCCGGUACGCCAGAGGGCGCGCAGUCUGUCUAUGGCCCCGAAGACGUGGCAAAGUGGCUGGUGAACAACUAUGCCCACACUGGCAUCGGUGGAAAGGAUCAGGCUCACAGCCAGCAGAUCUCGAGUCAGAUUGCACAGGCGCUCUCGCUUCCUACGCUGCCCUUUGCCUCAGUCGCAGGCGAAUCAGACAAGCUCGAUGAUCACCUCGCUCUGCGAACCUUCCUCGUGGGACACAGCCUUACUGCUGCUGACCUCGCCAUUUGGGCCGGGAUCAAGGGUAGCCCUCCUCUCAUGGGCCUGUUGAAGAAGGGCUCGCACGUCCACUUCGGCCGCUGGUACUCACAUCUGGACACCAUCUGCAAGGGAGCUUCCGCUGCUCUCGUUGAGGCCAAGAGCGCAAAGUCCAAGGCUGCUAGCGCUACAAAGAAGGAGGGUGGAGCGACGGCGGGCAAUGCGCCCAUGCAGUCCAAGUCUUUCGACGUCUUCCUACCUUCCGCCAAGGAUGGGGAGGUCGUGACUCGUUUCCCCCCUGAGCCCUCGGGAUACCUUCAUCUCGGACACACAAAGGCUGCCAUCUUGAACCAGUACUUUGCCAGGCAGUACCACGGCAGGCUCAUCAUCCGAUUCGACGACACAAAUCCUUCCAAAGAGAAGGCUGAGUAUCAGGACGCCAUCAUCGAGGAUCUGGCACUUUUGGGCAUCAAGGCAGACCAGCAGACUUUCACUUCCGACUACUUCGAUGUGCUUUACCAGAUGGUGAUCAAGCUGGUCAAGCAAGGAGAUGCUUACGCAGAUGACACUCCACAGGAGGACAUGAGGGCUCAGCGCAUGGACGGCUUGCCAUCUGCCAGGAGGGACCUCUCCGUAGAGGAUACCCUGGCUCGCUUUGCCGAGAUGUGCACAGGCAGCGAGGAGGGUCGCAAGUGGUGCCUGCGAGCAAGGAUGAGCGUUGAUGACCCGAACAAGGCUAUGCGCGAUCCUGUCAUCUACCGCUGCAACGCCGACACUGUCCACCACCGAACUGGUACCCAGUGGAAGGUCUACCCAACGUACGACUUUGCCUGCCCUGUGGUUGAUUCUCUCGAGGGCGUCACUCACGCUCUUCGUACCAACGAGUACAGGGACAGGAACCCUCAAUUUGCAUGGUUCAUCGAGAAGCUCAAACUGCGCAACGUAGAGAUCUGGGACUUUGGACGGAUGAACUUCCAGUACACGCUUCUCAGCAAGAGGAAGCUCACAUGGUUUGUCGACCAGGGCAAGGUUACCGGCUGGGACGAUCCCCGCUUCCCUACCGUCAGGGGUAUCCGACGUCGCGGUAUGACCAUCGAAGCACUGCAGCAAUUCAUCCUCGCCACUGGUCCUUCGCAACAGAUCAUUAACAUGGAAUGGGACCAGAUCUGGACACUGAACAAGAGGAUCAUUGACCCUGUCGUACCUCGCUUCACAGCCAUUGUAUCUGCGGACAAGGUCAAGUGUACAAUCGCUGGGGCUCCUCCGGCACAUGAGAAGGCUGUGCCCAAGCACAAGAAGAACCUCGACAUUGGCAACAAGACUACAGUGUACGACCCAGUCAUCUACGUCGAGCAGGAAGACGCGCAGAGCUUUGCUAUUGACGAGGAAGUGACAAUGAUGGACUGGGGUAACAUUUACGUCAGGAGCAAAGAGGUGGACCAGGCUGGCAAGGUCACCUCGAUCGAGAUGGAGGCCAACUUCGAUGGUGACUUCAAGAAGACAAAGAAGAAGGUCCACUGGUUGGCCGACUCUUCUUCACGUCCCCUCAUUCCCGUCGAGCUGCUGGACUUUGACUACCUGAUCACAAAGCCGAAGCUGGAAGAGGACGACAAGUUCGAGGACUAUGUCACCCCCGUGAGCGAGUUUAAGGUGGACGCUGUGGCAGAUGCCAACAUCUCUGAGCUGAAGGAGGGCGACAAGAUUCAGUUUGAGCGCAAUGGCUACUACAUCCUUGACAAGAUUCCAUCAUCCGGGCCUCGAAAGUUCAUCAAGAUUCCGGAUGGCAAGGUGGAAGGCGCCAAGAGCAAGGCUGCUGCUGCCUCUGGCCAGGGAGAUGGUGGGGACCCAGAGGCCAAGAAGCGGCAGGCUGCCGCGGAGAGGGCUGCGAAGAAGGCGCAGGGCAACCCUGAGAAGAAGCAGAAGACGAAUGUGCCAAAGGGAGUUCAGAAGCAGCAAGGGACGGGAGGCGCAGGAGCAGCCGACAAGGCCUUCCCUGAGCUGAUGUCUGGGAGCGGAGAGGAUAACAUCAAGAUGUAUGCGAUGAAGAGGGUGGCAGAGGAUAUCCCUACGCCGGUGACCAGUGAGUAGGCCGCUACAAGCCUGGAUUCGAGGGCGGACAUUACUGUAAGAUGGCUGACCUUCUGAAAUCUGCUCGCCUGCCUCGUCACCACUCUUCACGGUAGCUUCGAUGUACUCUAUGAAGCCGAUCAUCUAGCAUUUGCGGAGUGAGACUCAAUGAAAUGCAUAGGCCAGUGCCCAGCUCCAGCUGAUGUCUGACAUUCGUUUGGUCUGUGCUGCAUCUAUCUGUAAUACUGUG